AUGUUUGGAACACUGCGCUAUCUGCCUGAGAAGAAAGCCGGGGUAUUCCUCGAGCGCGAGUUAGGGGUUGCGGCAAAUGCGGCAACCAACAAAUUCCAACAUUCGGCCUGUGACAAUUGUCGCGUCCAAAAGGCGUAUUUUGAUGUGUCAAAUAGGUUCGCUGUAGCGGACGCAGAGCGGGAAAGCGAAGAAAAUCAGGCUCCUAAUGCUUCUCAAAAGCGAAAUGAGAUCUGUCCGGAAAUUGGUGCGGAGGUCGCUGGAUCUCCAACGCGGGGAGAUGCAAACUUACAGCCCAUGGAACCGCAUGGGGAAGGCGGGAGUUAUGUUGGAAUAGAUAGGCCGAUCCAUCGGAUUCAAGGCAAUGCGCCAUCAGCCCUAGAUCUAAUUUUCAAGGAAGGCUCGGGUUGGUCUAGCUCCUUCGAUUGGCUUCUGGAAGGGGAGGACGCUUUCAAGCCAAACUCGGUUGAAGAGAUUGGAGGGCUCGGGGGGAUUCCCCGCCAUUGGAAACUCCGUAGCUUUGAAUCAGAAGGCCCUUUGCCACAGCUAUCACCCACUGGUGUCACGCUUCAAACUCAUCAAUUUACCACCACUGUGGCCCCGACCGUGGGCAACUCAUCAAAUACGGACAUAACCAGUAUCACUCUGGGGGAGCAAUCAACUUACCCAUGUCUCCCCUCUGCCGUCUUACUACUCCAUGAAUUAGAGUUGCCCCUAAUAAUGAAGAUUCCACCGAGCGAGGGCUCGAUUCCGUCCUAUUGA